AUGGUAGGAGUAAUUGGUCCCGUGACUAGUAGAGAGACACAAUACGUGGCCAGCCUGCUGGCUCUCUUCAAUAUGCCACAGAUUAGUGCCACAGCUACUUCUUCUGUUCUUAAUAACAGAGAGGAGUACAAAUAUUUCAAGCGGACAGUUCCCUCUGACACAUACCAAGCUAAAGGGAUCGUUAAGAUUCUCAGAGCCAAUGGCUGGGAGUAUGUGAGUAUUCUCUACGAAGAUUCCAGCUAUGGAAGUUAUGGCUACAAGGAUUUCAAAAGGUUUGCACGACUUGAAAAUAUAUGCAUUGGUUAUGAGAAACAAACCUCAGAUGGAAUGACGGAAUUAGAAAUCCAUAAAACAGUAACUGAAUUAACUUCCAGAAGGAACUCAAGAGGCAAUAUAGUGGUAGUUCUGUUUAUGCUAUAUCAAAACGCAUACAAAAUAAUCCGCCACAUUCAGGACACGGGCAUUAGAGGCUUUAUCUGGGUCGGAAGUGACGGAUUAACCGGACAUGACCCUCCAAAUGGACUGGAACAUAUCAUGGACGGUGCCAUAGGAAUGACUUUGGAAACGUCUGAAUAUCCAGGAUAUAUCCAAUACGUCAACAGCCAACAAAUUAAAGAUAACCCAAAUCCAUGGUAUGCUGAAUAUCUUCAACAAUAUUUUCCAAACUGUUCAACAGGAAGCUGUGGGCACAUUGAUAAUGCUCGAAUUCCAUUCAUUGCCAAUGUCCGAGAUGCUGUUUACGCAUUUGGGUAUGCCAUGUUGAAUAUUCAUUCAGAAAUAUGCCAGAAUAUCACUGGAUUGUGUGAGAAAAUGAAAGAAAAUUUAACGGGAGAUUUAUUAAUCGAAUACCUUGAAAGACAAAGAAAUAUAGGAUCAGAGUUGAUGCUCAACGUCACUAGGCAGAAAGCAGCGUGUUCUCUGGUAUGUCUUCCUGGCUACAUAAAAAGAUUAACAGAAAUCUGUUGUUGGGACUGUACACCUUGUCCUCCUGGAACCAUCACUAAUUCAUCAGACCAGUACAGCUGUACAGAUUGUUUAUCUGGAUAUACACCCAAUUCAGACAGAAAUGAAUGCAUGCAAAUUCCAGUAUCUUAUUUUACAUAUGGAAAUCCCUUCUCUGUUCCUUUUCUGGUAUUGUGUGCCUUGGGUUCAAUUUUAUGCAUCGUAGUAUCAGUUGUGUUUGUGCAAAAGAGAAACACUCCUCUACUAAAAGCCACUGGUUUUGAAACCAGCAUGGUAUUGCUUUCUAGUAUUCUUUUGUCGUAUAUAUCACCUUUUAUUUUACUAAGCUAUCCUUCAUCUCUAUCAUGUGCACUUUCUCGAUUAUUAAUCGGCAUGAGUUAUACUCUUGCGUAUUCGUCUGUCCUUUCUAAGCUAAUUGUUUAUAAGAGAGCGUUCGAUGUGAGAUCUGGUAUCAAGCAACAAAUGGCAAAAGGACAGUUACUAAGACCUUACAUAUGUACAAUGAAGACUGCUCUGCUACUUUCUCUGGCUCUAUCUGCUUUUCAGUUUCUAAUUAUAAUAUUCUGGCUAAUAAUAGAUACUCCAGAACAUAAGAUAACAUAUGAUCUUACAGCAGAUCCCCCAGUCGGUCACCGAUCGUGUCGAGACUCCAAUAAUUUCAAAUAUUUUGGUUUACUUUUCUGGCCUUUCAUACUUAUGAUUGCAUGUCUUGUUCUCGUCAUCAAAACAAGAAAACUCCCGAAAGGUAUGAACGAUUCACGUGAAAUCAUGUAUUGUUCCUUCACUUCCUUCGUUAUCUGGUUAGCGUUUGUGCCUCUGUAUGUGUUCUCAGCAACUGUUGCAACACGAGUUAUCAGUCUUUGUGGUGCAUUAUUCAUUCACGCCACGAUUUUUCUAACUAGUCUUUUUCUUCCAAAGAUCUACAUUGUGGUCUUUAGACCAGAGAAGAACAGCAAAGAACGUGUAAUGAAAAGUAUGAGUCCCAGUAACUCUCAAAACUCAAGCAGCAUCAAUCCGCACGGAAAAACGAUAGAUAAAGAAUAA